CUCAGCUGUUUACUUGGACAUCUUUUUUGACAUUGUUGCUAUCAAUGCCGUACUAUCGGUACUCAAGAUUUCGCUCACCUAGACGGAGGGCUUUCUUAGGUGGGGGCAGGAGACUUCGAUCAGUUGACUGGAGUGCUUACACCCUUGCCAAGUUUGAGAAAAAGUUUUAUCACGAAUGUUCGAGCGUUCGUGACCGCUCGCGCAGAGAUGUAGAAGAAUUCCGGUCAAAACACAAAGUUACCGUACUGGGUCACAAUGUCCCGAGGCCUUUGUUCAAAUUCAGCGAGGCUGGUUUCCCAAGCUAUAUAAUGAGUGUAAUUAAAAAGAACAAGUGGGAAUCUCCAACUCCAAUCCAGUGUCAGGGUUGGCCAGUUGCACUUAGUGGGCGCGAUUUGGUAGGAAUUGCCCAAACUGGAUCAGGAAAGACAGCGAGCUUUCUUUUACCAGCGAUUGUGCAUGCCAAAGCCCAGCCAUCUCUUAAACGCGGAGAUGGACCUAUUGUUUUGAUUCUGGUGCCUACUAGAGAACUAGCACAACAAGUCGAUAAGGUUGCUGAAGAGUUCUGUUGCUCAGCAGGCUUCAAGUCAGCAUGUCUUUAUGGAGGGAGUUCAAGAAGUGGGCAGGCAGAAGCUUUAAGUCAGUCUCCUGAAGUAGUAAUUGCGACCCCUGGCCGUCUCCUGGAUUUUCUUGAAUCAAGACACACAAAUCUUCGCCGUUGUACGUAUUUGGUGCUUGAUGAAGCAGAUCGUAUGUUGGAUAUGGGCUUCGAGCCUUCCAUAAGAAGAGUCGCGUCUCAGGUUCGUCCAGACAGACAGACAUUAAUGUGGUCGGCAACUUGGCCUAGGGAGGUAAAAGCACUAGCUGAAGAUUUUCUUUAUGAUUAUAUUCAAAUCAAUGUCGGUUCAACUAAACUAAGUGCAAAUCACAAUAUUAGACAGCACAUUGAAAUACUUGGUGAGAGUGAGAAGUUCAAGCGUUUAAUAAGUCUGCUUAAUUCUUUUGAUAAUGCCCGUGUACUUAUUUUCACGGAGACCAAGAAACGCACAGACGAGUUGUGUGAAAAGCUCCAAGACAAAGGUUUUGACGCUACGGCAAUGCAUGGUGACAAACACCAAAAGGAAAGAGAUCGGGCUUUAGACAGCCGUAUAUCUGUCCUUGUUGCAACUGAUGUCGCAUCCAGAGGCUUAGAUAUUAAUGACGUUAGGUAUAUAAUUAACUACGACUAUCCAUCUCAAACCGAAGAUUACAUUCACAGAAUUGGGCGAACCGGCAGAAGCGACAAGAAAGGAACUGCAUAUACGUUCUUUAGCGCUAAACAGCCAAGAUUGGCUCGUGAAUUGAUUGAUGUAUUAAAGGAAGCACGUCAAACAAUCCCUGAUGAGUUGUUUAAGAUCGCUGAAGGUGAUUACCUCGACAGUAAUCGGUCCUCUGGACAUUCUCGGCGGCGAAAUAGAUCAGGUUCAAGUCAAAGUUCGGGUAAAAGUGUAUCUAAAAGAAGUCGGUCUAGUGUUAGCCAUCGAUCCCGAUCGGCUUCAAGUCGCAGUGGAACUCCAUAUAGAUCUAGAAGCUCUUCUCAAAGUAAAAACUACCGAUCGCGUGCUAAGUCUAAAAGCUUGUCACGGAAUGGGAAUGGAGCUGCCAGCGAUGAAUCCAAAACUAGUUCACCAAGACAGCGGCGAUCUUACGGUUCACACACUCCACCAAAGCGAAAAGGUCGGUCACAAUCUACUAGAUCUUCUAAAGAUGAGUAUCAUGGGAAGUCUGACUCACGUCAAUCUAGUUCGGAUAGAAGUCCUCCCAUACGCAAUAAAGCCAGGACGGCGUCAAGCCAGAGUUCACGCUCGGGAAAACGUAGGUAUUCGAAGCAGAGGGAAGAUAAAGAAAAAGCACGUUCAGUAUCCAGUGGUGACGUCUCUUUGUCUCGUCAACGGUCUCAUUCUUCGACUCGCAGAUCCCACUCACCAUCUAGUAGCAACACGCGACACUCACGGCAUAAGUCAAAGUCCAUCAGGUCUUCUGGUAGUCAUUCUCACCAUAGCUCACCACGGUGUAGUGAAAGUCCAGAGCAUUCACCUGUCAGAAGUGAGCCUGACGUUGCUGAACACUCUUCCCGUUCUGUUGUAGAUGUGAGUCCGGCUGAAGAAGACGACAAUGGGUCUAUAGGACGUAAUUCUUCAGUGUCUCGUAGGAAUGACUCAGUUUCUCAUUCAAACUCAAGAGAUGUAUCACCGCGAUCGACAGUGAAAGAUGAAAGUCCAAAAGCGAAGAGGCCGCGAAAGGAUGAUUCUAAUCGUCAUUCUAAAAGUAAGAGUCGAUCCCGCUACAGGGAUUCGUCUAGAGACGAUCGUCCCAGUGAUUACAAAAAUUCAGGAGGCUCUCGUCAUAGUAAGAAAGACCGCAAGGAUGUUCAGAGUUCUCGUGACCGUCGUUCCCGUUCUUCCGAUGAGUACUCUGACCGCAACCGUCGAGACAGAUCUUGGACACCAUAUGGUGAUGUGCCAUCAUACAAUUAUAACUACAAGUUCAAUUACAAUCCAAGAUACAACCGCAACAGAAACUACUAUCGUUCACGCUCCCGUUCAUCUUCAGGUUGGCAACGACGAAAUCGGAGUAAGAGCCGAUCAGGUUAUGAACGAAGUCCAAGGAAAACAAAAGACAGUCGCAGACGGUAGCUUACUGUAAAUUUCAAUAAAUGUUUACUACUACUC